AUGCACUGCAAGGCAUGUGACCAGGUCUAUUUCUGCAGCAAUGCAUGUGCCGAUGCAUAUUUACCACAUCACCAAAACGCUUGGAUUUGUACAGCCUUGCGCAAACUCGCCUCGCUCAAAAAAGUUGGAAGACAUGAAAGAAGCAUUGCACAGCUCGUUUUACUUGUACAUUGGCAGCGUUCUUGUGAAUUGUCGCCUUUCGAUACCAACCACGACCAAGUCGAUGCACUCGAAUCACACUACCUUGACUGGGAUGAGAGUCUCAAGGAGGAUUAUCGCCGUGUGUUGACAUUUCUCGAAUCCCAAUUACCUGAUCAAUCAUCCUUGGAUAUCAUGCACCUUGUCUCACGUAUUGAAUCCAAUGGAUUUGGUGUCCAUAUCUUGAACAAAAAAGAGCCUGUGGGUCGAGCUUUAUUUCCUGUGGUAUCCCUUUUUAACCACGACUGCGAUUGCAAUUGCGAAGCUGAACAACUUUUACACAAUGAUGGAAUAGAGGAUGAAAUGCAAAAGCACACCAUUGAGAACCCCGACGAUGGCACCGUCAGCGUAUCCAUGGUCUACCCAGAUGUGUUUACUCGGCCACGUGGAAUGUAUCGUGUCAUGGAAAUACGAACUUUGCGCCCUGCUGAAGCUGAUACACCACUCACCAUUUCAUACGUUGACACCAGUCUGCCUGUCGCCGCUCGUCGCAAAAAGCUCCUCGAAGAUUACUUUUUCCAAUGCACGUGCACACGAUGUGAAUCAGAAUUAUUACUUGGUAGCAACAGCAAGAAAUCAUCUAAAAAGAAAACGAAGAAUAAAAAGUGA